AUGGUCCAGAUAACGCUCCCCGCGCACCUCACGGCUGCCAUAAGCCUCUACAACAGCCUCCCAACCACUACAGAUCCCAUAAACACUACCACACCCUCCAUAGACCACCACACCAUCCACCGCAUCUCGAGAGCCCUCACACGCGCCCACAAUGUCGACACCUAUAGGUUCAGCGCCCUCCUAAAGGGCUGCUCAGUCUACACACUUCCAAAGCCGCCGAAACCAGUACCUACUCCCGAAUACACAGCGCUCAUGGGGCGCCUGCGCGCCGAAGAGGAAGCUCGCGCCUACGCGGCAUUGACUCGACAGCCGCACACCAGUGCCGACGACGAAGACGGGGAGUAUACGAUCAAUGACCUGAAGUCGCACCUAAGCAUUAUCGCCAACAUCCUACUAUCCGUCGUGGCGACGUCCGUGGCAGUGUGGAUGGUUGCCAAUAGCUGGGAUGUACCCGAAAGACUGGCGCUCGCGAUGACUUGUUCGCUGGUUGUUGCGAUUGCAGAGGUUGUUGUGUUUGGUGGGUAUGUGAGGAGAAUUGAAGAGAGUCGAAGUGAAGAGAAGAAGAGAUGUGAGGUGAAAGAGGUUGUGAAGAGCUGGGAGAUCAAGGAAGGUGUGGUUGAUAGGGGGAUAAGUGAGGUAGGUGCGAUAAUGGGCUUAGGGGGGAAGAAGGGCAGCGUGGUGACUACGGGGAAAGAUAAAGUGGGUAAGCAGGGAGUGAGAAAGAGAAAAGGUUAG